AUGUCUUCAUCUAGUGAAUCAAGCGUGGAAGAAGAUUACGAGGGCUGGAAUUCUGACGAUUUGGAAAGCAAGAAGACGAUAGCACUCACUGCAAAUAAGACAUUCGAUAGGCCUGAGUCCGCUUUAGAAUUUGAUAAGCAGAAUGGCUUGGAUUUGAUUGAAUUGAUAAAGAGGCUCAAUUUAGAUUACUAUAAUCAAAUCAGAUUGGUAAACUUCAUCAGAAAACAAGGCAAGGACGCAGUUUCAGCCAUCACACCAAACGACGCCUUCUUCUCAAAUGAUGAAUACCUGAUCCCAGCUAUAGAGUCAGAUCCACUGCUGUUCCAACUCACCAACGACGAUGACUGGUCAGACGACGAGCAGCCUACGAACACUACCGAUGAGCAAUUGAAGCAAUUGCAAGCUCAAUUGAAGCAAUCGAAUAGUUUCAUCAACGAUAAACUCUUGAAUGAUAACUUUGUUGAUACGGAGUAUUUCGAAAGCUACGACUACAAUGAGAUUCACGAGACUAUGAUCAAAGAUCAUGUUAGGACUGCUUCGUACGCUCAGUGGAUACUCAACAACCAGCAGCUCAUUAAAGGUAAGACUGUCAUGGAUGUUGGCUGUGGUACAGGUAUCCUCUCCCUCCUGGCUGCCAAAGCCGGCGCCAAGAAGGUUUAUGCCAUCGAUGCAUCCAACAUCGUGCGCAAAGCCAAUGAGAAUAUUGCAGCAAACAAUCUCACCAACGUCAUCCAAGUAGUUAAGGGUAAAGUUGAAGAGAUCGAUCUGGAAGGAGUACAAGUCGACGUUAUUAUAUCAGAGUGGAUGGGAUAUUUCUUGCUCUUCGAAGCGAUGCUUGACAGUGUAAUUGUAGCAAGAGACAGAUACUUGAAGCCAGACGGUGUAAUGGCACCAUCGCACAUGCGCAUCCUUCUGGGUGCAGCAUCUAACUCCGAUUGGUGGAACGAGAAGGUUGGAUUUUGGGAUAAUAUUUAUGGUUUCACAAUGAGUGGAAUGUCAAAGGAUAUCCAUAAAUCUGCUCACGUCGAAUCAUUCGAACAGAGCUCACUGAUAAGCAAUAGCGUUGGCCUACUAGACAUAAACACCAAAACCCAAAAAGCAAAAGCAUUGAACUUCAAGUCAUCAUUCAAUCUGAAAAUCGAAAGUGAUGAAACAAUGCAUGGAUUUCUCGGUUGGUUUGACACCUUCUUCACAGACUCCAAGUCAGCCGAAACACCAAAAGAAUGCAACUCACAAGAUCCACCUUCCGUUAAGUCCCUCAUAGAUGACGCCGGUGCUGAGCAUAAGGAUGUCUCUUUCACCACUGGUCCUCAUGGUACUGAAACUCACUGGAAGCAGACUUUCUUCGCCUUUUCGAAACCAUUAGAUGUGAAGAAGGGUGAUAGUAUAUCUGGUGUAUUCAUCUCUAACAAGAGCGAAAGAGGUUUGGAGAUGGAAGUCAUAUGGAAAUUGAAUGACAAAGAGGAAGUCAAAUCGUUAUUCAAACUCAACUAA